GGACUAGGAGGAAGUGGCCAGAAGGGGAAGCAGCAAACUGCAGAGAGGAGGCAGGUAGGCGGGCUGGGGCAGCUGCGGACCGGCAGUCUGCGGUGGGGCCAAGAUGGACGUUCAGGUGGGACCCCCAGAGGUGCUGAGACCUUUGCAGAGAACAUCGGUGGCUGCUGUGUGGCCCUACUGUACGCCACCCCACAGCCCACAGGAGAGAGAGGCCAGCAUGUUGCAGGUGCUGGGAAGGCUGGCCCUGCUGUGGCUCAGCACUGCGACUCUCACGUACCUCCUGUGGCAAGUGCACCCUCCUUCCAUCUGGGCCCAGACGCGCCCUGCGGUGCGGCCCGCCAGGCUCAGGGCCAGUGGCCCUAGACCGGCCUGGGAACCCCUGCUGGGGAAGGCCAGGCAGCAGCUGCCGAAGGACUCCUGCCGGCUUGUCCUUGUCGAGAGCAUCCCCCAGGACCUGCCGUUCGCCGCUGGAAGCCCUUCUGCCCCGCCCCUGGCCCAGGCCUGGCCACAGCUGCUGGACGCCGCCCGGGAGAGCAUCCACAUGGCCUCCUUCUACUGGUCCCUCACAGGGCCCGACAUUGGAGUCAACGACUCGUCUUCCCGGCCGGUGUGCCCCGGGCCCCGCCGCCAACUCAGGCCGCAGGCUGUCCAACCUGGCCCAGUGCUGGGCACACAGCAAGUCGGGGUGCACCUUGCUCUGACCGAGCUGUGGGCAGUCUGGGGUGACCUCCUGGGGAAUGUCUGGGUCCUGCGUAGUUGGCAGGGGCUGGGGGCAGAGACCAGCCUGGGGGCAUGCCUCACAGCUGGCCUGGCUUUGCAGGGAGAGGCCCUUCUUCAAAAACUGCAGCAGCUGCUGGCCAGGAACAUUUCUCUGGCUGUGGCCACCAGCAGCCCAGCACCGGCCAGGAAGUCCACAGACCUGCAGGUCCUGGCAGCCCAAGGUGCCCAGGUGCGAUAUGUGCCGAUGACACAGCUCACCGGGGGUGUUCUGCACUCCAAAUUCUGGAUUGUGGACGGGAAGCACAUCUACCUGGGCAGUGCCAACAUGGACUGGCGGUCCCUGACACAGGUGAAGGAGCUGGGCGCUGUCAUCUACAACUGCAGCCGCCUGGCCCAAGACCUGGAGAAGACAUUCCAGACCUACUGGGUGCUGGGGGCACCAAAGGCUGUCCUCCCCAAACCCUGGCCUCAGAGCUUCUCCUCCCACAUCAACCGUUUCCACCCCUUCCAGGGCCAAUUUGACGGGGUGCCCACCACUGCCUACUUCUCGGCAUCGCCACUAAUGCUCUGCCCCCACGGCCGCACCCAGGACCUGGACGCGCUCCUGGCGGUGAUUGGGGGAGCCCGGGUGUUCAUCUAUGCCGAGGUGAUGGAGUUCUUCCCCACCACACGCUUCAGCCGCCCCACCAGGUACUGGCCAGUGCUGGACACAGCGCUGCGGGCAGCAGCUGUGGACAGGGGCGUGCACGUGCGCCUGCUCGUCAGCUGCUGGCUCAACACGGACCCCAGCAUGUUCCCCUACCUGCGGUCCCUGCAGGCCCUCAGCAACCCUGCAGCCCACGUCUCAGUGGAUGUGAAAGUCUUCAUUGUACCGGUGAGGAAUCACUCCAACAUCCCGUUCAGCAGAGUGAGCCACAGCAAAUUCAUGGUCACCGAGAGGGCGGCCUACAUAGGCACCUCCAACUGGUCCGAAAAUUACUUCAGCAGCACCUCGGGGGUGGGCCUGGUACUCAGCCAGAGGGCCCCCAACACCCAGCCAGGGCCACCCACUGCGCAGGAGCAGCUGCGCCAGCUCUUCGAGCGAGACUGGAGCUCCCGCUAUGCUGUGCGCUUGGACGGGCAGGCCCAGGGGCAGGACUGCGUCUGGCAGGACUGAGGCCCGGACCAGAACCCCCUGGCAGGCGCUGCUCCCAUCCAACCACCUCACCCCCCACACCGGGGCACCAAGCAGCUCCAUCCCCAUGAGCCCUGGUCAGGGCAGGACUCCCCAGGCGCAAAUUGUUUGCUCUCCAAAUCCAGCCCUCUUAGACCCCACCUCCAGGGAGCCUUCCAGGAUGCUCCUCCCUGACUCCCACUGUCUAGCCUUCAAAAAGGGCCUUUAGCAUAUA